UCCGGAUGACAGCAGAGGCAGAAUGAAUGUAGUCUCACUGUAAAGUUCUUUAUUGGUUCCUGUUUCACUUGAUCUCCUCCUCAAGUUCGCCCAUUCGCAGCUUCAAGCCAAGGUGAAAGUACAAGCAAGAAACAGACUUGGAUCCCCAUGGGCUAAAGCGCAGUCAGCACACCAGCACCGAUCACUGGGUUUACACAACGAGAAACAUGGGAAGCAAGUUUUCAAAGAAUGGCUGUUUUCACUUUCCAACCAUGGACAAGCGGAAUCUGGACACUCUGAAGGACUAUUUGUGUAACUACAACCCUCCUGGGAGCUAUGGAGACUGUAUAAACAUCCUGCUGGUCGGCAUGGUGGGGGCUGGGAAAUCAUCCCUUAUCAACACAUUCCUCUCGGCUCUGGAUCCACAAGGAGUGACCAUGACCUGUGUCCCAACGGGGAUGAAUCCCCGGUCUCUCACAAAAGAGCUCAGAUACUACAGAGCAGGGAAUUUAAAGUUUUGGGAUACAGCUGGAUGGAACGCUCUGGAACACAAUGAUCAGACAAUAAGAGUGUUACAGAUGAUCCUGGAAGGGAGAAUUCCCAAAGGAACAAACUUACACAGUUUCAAUCCUGAAUCGGAUGUUGCCAACUAUUCGAUUAUUCCAGAAAAUGUAAUUCACGGAGUCACAUUUAUAUUUAACAUCGACACCACAGACUUGAUCAGUGAGGAUAAAAUGAAAGUGUUUCAGGAGAUACAGAUGAUUGUGGCAGAGAAACAUGUUCACAGGGUUGUGAUUGGGACCAAGUUUGAAACUUUAGGGAUACCAGAGAAACACAAUGUACGGGUUUAUGAAUAUGAACCACUGCAGAGGAAGAAGGAAGAAAAACUCUUCCUGCCAUGAACCUCCAGCACAGCAAACUUGCCGAUGCAACACCCUGGAAGCACCCGACCACAGCCAACUCUGAGUCCGUCCAAAAACUUUGAGCCUCCGACCAACCCCCCCGACACCGAGCACUGAGCACCAUCUCUGCUGAGCGCUUCGACCUCGGCCCCAGCCACCAAGCAACAGGCAAAGCGGAGGAUUCCGGGGCCUUCCUCCCAGAGAUUUUUAGGUUGCAUAGUAGCAGCAGCAGUGAAACAGGCAUUUCAGAAGUUUCACCAGAUGUUCCUUCGUGCUUCUCACAUCCAUCUCCAUCAAGUCAGGAUUGUACACGACUUCCUACUUGACAGAUAACAGAUAUUCAUCCUGGAGUGGCCGCUGUACGCUGCGUCAUGCCACCAUCUUCUCUCUUCCCCAUAAGCUAAUAUAAAGGGUGACUCACUUUAGGGUAGUCCUUCACGAACCUCCAAUAAUAUCCACAGAAAGCAAUGAAUGAGCACACAGCACUCACAGUCUGGGACUUUGACCAUGUUGGCACCACCUCUAUCGUAGACAGAUCUGUAGCUACUCCAUCCCCUGAGACUAUAUGUCCAACAUAGCUGACAGACGUCUUGCAGAACUGACACUUGUCCAGGGAAAGUUUUAACUUGUCCAGGGAAGGCCCAGCACCUUCAGUAGCCUUGCUUGAUGUUUUUGCAUGGUGGACCUGAACAAUAUGAGGUCAUCCAGAUACACCAAUACCUCAAGCAAUUUCAUAUCCCACACUGUUUUUCUAUGACACACUGGAAAUUUGCAGGGGCUCCUGAUUAGCCACAGAGCAUCCUUUUGAACUGGAAGAAUGCCAGUGGACAUAGAAAUGCCAUCUUCUCUUUGUCAACCUCACUCAUGAGGAUUUGAUAAUACCCACCCCUCAAGUCCAUCACUCUGAACCACUUCACACCUUUCAGACAGGGUAGCACAUCUUCGAUCCACAAAUGCUGCCAAACAUCUUCCACCUCUGCAGUCAACUGCUGCUACCUUUCUCUGAGUGGGGUGUCCUCAGUCACCCAGAUGGUGUGGUGAGUGCUCUUGGAACAACUCAUAUCAAACAUGUCAGUAGAAAAGACACCUUCCAGCUUCAAUAGUUUUUCUAUCAACCUCCUCUUCCAACCUUCCAGUACCAGGGAGUCCUCAGAGUUGAAUGACUCAGCAGUCAAAUUUCCCUUUUUCGGAGAGAGUUUCUCCCUAUCUUGUCUCACAGGGAUACGAGACAUUACCGUCACCAGGAAGAGAUGCACCAGGGACAUCCCCCGUUUGAAGGAGCCCUCCCUCUUUGUAGUGUUCCACUCAAGAAUAGUUUGUACUAGAUGUGAGAUCUGACACCUGGAUGGCAACAUACCAUUUGCAAGUCUGCUUUGUGUCUGCAGAAUCUUCUGUCUGCUUCCUCAGCUGAUGAGCUGCCCCAUUACUAUCGCACUCUUCUGUUAAAAGGUGCCUUACACGGUAACCAGUGGCAGAGACUCCAGGGAGCAACUACUGAAGAAGAUCACAAGAUCACAAGAUCACAAGACAAAGGAGCAGAAGUAGGCCAUUCAGCCCAUUAAGUCUGCUCCGCCACUCCACCAUGAGCUAAACUAUUCUCCCUUCUACUUCCAAUUUCUGGCUUUUUCCCCAUAUCCCUUGAUACCCUGACUAAUUAGAUACCUAUUAAUCUCCUCCUUAAACACCCUCAAUGAGUGGGUCUCCACAGCUGUAUGUGGCACCAAAAUCCAUGAAUCCACGACCCGCUGGCUAAAAUAAAUUCUCCUCAUCUCUGUCUUAAAUAGGUACCCUCUAAUUCUAUGACUGUGACCUCUUGUCCUGGACUCACCCACCAAGGGAAACAGCCUUUCCACAUCCACUCUGUCCAACCCUUUCAACAUUCGAAAUGUUUCUAUGAGAUCCCCUCUCAUUCUUCUAUACACUAAUGAGUACAAUCCAAGAGCGGAAAACACUCCUCAUAUGUUAGUCCCUGCAUUCCAGAAAUCAUCCUCGUGAAUCUUCUCUGAACUCUCUCCAACAUCAGCACAUCCUUUCUAAGAUGUGGGCCCAAAACUGCACACAGUAUUCCAUAUGGGGUCUGACCAGUGCGCUAUAGAGCCUCAUCAACACCUCCUUACUCUUAUACACUAUUCCUGAUUAUAAAGACCCUAAGUCAGUGAUUCAGAAAAAGAUCUCGAUGCAUCACUUCCUGGCAAGGUUCAGGAAGAGUCUUAAUACACAUCAUGGAUACCGAGACCAAACUAAGGAGUUACACAAUGAAAAUACUGGUGAAACUAAAGGGUUAAUCAAGAUUGGGUUUAUUAUUAGCGACAUAUGUUGUGAAAUUUGUUGGUUUGUGGCAGCAGUACAAUGCAAGACACAAACAUUACUGUAAAUUACACUAAAUAAAUACAUUGUGCAAAAAAGGAAUAGUGGGGCAGUGUUCAUGGGUUCAUGGACCAUUCAGAAUUCUGAUGACUGGAGAAGAAGCUGUUACUGAAUGGCUGAGUGCGGGUCUUCAAGGUCCUGGACCUUCUCCCUGACGGCAGUACCGAGCAGAGAGAGUGUCCUGGGUGGUGAGGGUCCUUAAUGAUGGAUGCUUGAGACACCGCCUUUCAAGAACGUCCUCGAAGAUGAGGGAACUUGUGUCCAUGAUGGAGCUUUGUGAAUGGGUAUUUUUUGAAAUAAGAUAGAGAAUAUCUUUGUUCAAACAAAUCUCGAUUAAUAAAGUA